ACAAAGAGCCCCGUUACACGACGGGUUUGUUUACUUGUGAUGUCACUAGCCGGCUGUCAGGAGACACUGACAUGACAGUUUCAUAUAUGUUUAUUCUCAUCUAACCAGCACUGGAGAGCCUAAUUACACACGCAGGUAACACACGCUAAUUAGGUUGAUUUGGUUAUGUUGAUUGACUUUGGUUCGUGGAUUGAAUAAACAAACGUUGAACAGAUGUGGUGGCUGCUCCCUUAGGACAUCCGUGUAACGUUAUACGCGAGCUGUGCUGUGACCCAGUUGAGUAUUUGCUUAAUGGCGUGUUAAUGACGGCAGAUUCGUAGCGUGGAUAAUUCCUACACGGCAAUGUCGUGUCCUUGUGGCUAGCGGCGCUGGUGUCGGGGGGAGCAUGUUGACCAAGGUGUACCAGCUGCAGCCGGACAGUGGCCAGUUGCUGCUGUUCUGUGUGUGUGAAUCAUGCCAGCAGGUGACCAGUGUCAAGGUAGUGGACCUCACGCCCAAAGGGGAAGUGAAGGCUGCUGGUGUGGUGUGCCUGAUUGGACUGGGACUAAGCCUCGGCACCCUCCUGCUGUACAGACUCUACUUCCGCAUCAUCGUCCCCUUCCUCAACAGUGUCUGGACCUCCAAGGGCAAGAAUGGGCUGCUGGAUGAUGAGUACACACUUUACCUGGAGCCAUCUGAUAGUGAGGUGGAUGAGGACAAGAUGGGUAACUCCAACAGCAAGAAGUCCACUCCCUCUGUGUACUAUGCCCCUGGAUACGGGGUAAGCCUAGGAUCCAGGCCUCCAACUCUGGAAGCUGAAGAAGGUAUUCGUUUACGUCCACGUAAACCACACCAUUCCCGCCCUAAAUCACCGUCCCCUGCAUCAGACAAAGACUCUGCUAUUGGAGUGGGCGGCUCUGAGAUGAGCCAGAGCCUGUACAGUGAGAACAGCGCCAACAGAGACUCCUUCUACUCCACCUGCACAGCGGAGAGUGGCUACGAUGAAUUUGGUUACCUGGAGGAGUGCCGUGGGUCCAAGCUGAGCAGCUCUCUAAAAGAAAACUUCUCCCCCGGCUCCCUGAAGGAGCGCAAUCUCCAGAUGCUGUACAGGGCGCACCACGGGCACGACGCUGGGCUGAACAGCAUCGGCCGCAGUGCUAAACCAGGGCUGGACACACUGUCAGACUGCAGCAGUGAGAAGAGUGGCAUCCUGUCCAGCAGGAGCUACCCCAGCACUGCUGACACAGACUCCAGCUACAUCAACCUCAGUCUCAGAUCCAAUGUCGACCCCCUGGUGGAGAAGUUUGCCUCAGAGCAGGCCAGCAGGACUGGCUCCAGGCAGAGCUCUCUGGGUAAACCAGGUCUUCCCUGUCACAUGACUGAGAACACAGGGGUCAACCAUACUUCCUGCCAAGAGACAGACUUUACUACAUUCUCUCCUAAAGUCUUAUCAACAGAAUCUUCACCUUGUCAUAGGAACAGGGUUCCGGCCACCAGGGGGCGUUCAGCUGUCCGCGGUCACUUGCCCGGCAGGACGCAGGAGUGGUCACGUGGUGAGGAUCAGGAAAUGGACUACGACCCGUCACUGGACGCGUCAGAGUCUCUAAGAAGCUUCAACUCCAGCCUUGAGGAGAUAGACUGGGAUGCUGAGGAUGACAGCAGGGACAAGAUGUCCGCCCUGCCACAGUUCCAGCAGUCAGACUCAGACCUGCAGUUUAAACAGUCACUCAUGCAGAGGAUCCACGAGUGGUCCAGCUUUGCUGAGGAGUAUAACAAAUCUCGCUCACCCACCCCUGACUGUCUACCUGUUCGCUUUGUACGAAGAAGCCGCAGUCUGGACAGGCACCUGGGUGACCCCUCGUCUAUCCUCAUUUCUGACGCUGCUGACAUAGCAGCCACAGCCAAGCCUAUUGAGAUUGAGCCUACCACAGAGAAAAACUUGGAGAGUUUGGAAUACGAGUUGCACGAUAUUCAAGGAGAGUUUGAAUCUAUUACAUCCAAACUUCAUGAACUUAUAGAGAACGGAAACGCUGAGCCGUCAUUAACUGGCAGCAAGUCUUCCACAACACACAAACCUCAUCAUGCCCACAGCAAGCCGCGGGCCAUAGACUCCAAGGUCCUGGGCAAGAUGAGGACCAAGUGGGAGCGUGUGCCCAGCUCAGCCUGCUCAGACUCCAGCCGCAGCUCACGUGCCAGCAGUGUGGAGUACGUCUGGGACCUGGCCGACUACUCACACACAGGGGAGAGGCUCAGGUCUGACAGCCUGCUGGGGGAUGGGGACAUAACACUCCUGCCUGGUCAAGAUGGUGCUGGACAGGUAGCCAUGGAGCUUGAUCACACUGAAGUGGGUGUCACCAACAUCUCCACGCCCAUGUUGAUAGCUGAGUAUGCAGAAAAGGAGUGGAAAGGGGACACAGAUAAAGCCAAGACCAUGAAAGAGGGCUACAAGCAGAUAACUCCUGUGUUAUCCCAGCAUAGGCUGUGUGUUAUAAGGGGAGACAACUACUGUGCACUGCGGAGUGUGCUGUUCCAGGUGUUGGUCAAUGGUGAACGUGUGACACAGCGCUGGUCAGGCAUCAUCGGCAUCAUGGACAGCUUACACGACCUUUACAGUGACCCUUCCAUCAACUUCCCCUCCUGGACGUUUGCUAACAGACUGCCCGGCCACUGUAAGGACAGGCUGGCGUCUCUGUCCAAGUGUGCGCUCUCCCUCUAUGCAACAAUUGAAGAAGUCUGUAACUUACCUUCCCGUGAAGAGCGUGAAAAACGAACAAUCUGUUUGCUAAAUACAAAUGCCACAUUUGACCUUGAACUGAUGGAAGGACUGAAGAUCAUGAUGCUUCUGAACUUGGUGAACUUGAGGUGUCAGAUGGACGAUGGGGAGGACGUGCCCAUCUUUUCACACCUGCUUUUUGCCAGGGACACUUCAGAGACUGUCUCCGACUUCUUGAAAAACCAUUUAAAUACUGUGGGAGAUAGUGGAGGCUUGGAGCAGGUGGAGAUGUGUUUGCUGGGCUACACAUUGGGAGUGAGGAUCAGAGUGCUGCGGCUCGCCCAGUGUGGUCAGCAGGACUUUGACUGCAUGUUCCCAGAUGAUGUCCCUGCUGACUGGCCAGAAGUGGACUUGAUAGCAGAAGAUGACCGCCAUUACAAUGUGCCUCUCCCUUGACUGAGUGAAGAACUGUUAUACAACUGCUGAGUCGACACGUUUUUCAUAUCAGAAUAUUUUUUUUCACCUCAGUCAUAUCUCAUGUGAUCUGUGAAAUCACUUGGUAGAUGGUCAUCUUAUCAGCUGCUUCUCCAAGUGAAGACUGUAUGGUUGUGCCAGAGAUUCCAGCAUUUUGUACUCAAAUGUUUUGACUGCAUGGAUACCCAUGUUUAGACUCCAGGGAUUCCCAUGUUUUGACUGCAUGGAUACCCAUGUUUAGACUCCAGGGAUUCCCAUGUUUUGACUGCAUGGAUACCCAUGUUUAGACUCCAGGGAUUCCCAUGUUUUGACUGCAUGGAUACCCAUGUUUAGACUCCAGGGAUUCCCAUGUUUUGACUGCAUGGAUACCCAUGUUUAGGCUUCAGGGAUUCCCAUGUUUUGACUGCAUGGAUACCCAUGUUUAGACUCCAGGGAUUCCCAUGUUUUGACUGCAUGGAUUCCCAUGUUUAGACUGCAUUAUUUAGGCUCAGGGCUCUGCAAGCUACCUGGUACACCCUCACACACACCUAUGCAGUCAGCAGAGUUCACUCACAACCUUCACCUUGUUAAGCUGAGACAACUCUGUUCAACCCAAUCAAACAUCUGCAUUUAUCUGCUCUUGUAUAAUUUGUAUAGUAAAGUCAAACUAAUUUUCUGCUGACCAGAAAUAAUGUAGGCAUUUAUGAUGUGAGUACAUCAAUGUCUGGAUAUGUUACUCGUAUUAUGUAUAUAAAUAGAUAUAAAUAGAAUACUGGAUGUGUCUGCAACAUCUCACACACUUUGUUGUUGUUUCUAUCAAUACAAAACUGCUUAGUAUGUUGAUGAAUGAAAAAUAAAUGCAAUAAAUUUGUGACAACUAAGUCAGCAUGUUAGCUCUGGUCACUGGGGCGCAGUGAUUUCAUAAGGGGACAGAACUAAUGAAAUGUACACAUCAAAAUUAUUUGUUUCAUGCAAUCAAUGUUUGGUGUGUAAAUAAUUUUUCUGUGUGAAACCAGUGUUCCAUGUUUAGAUGUUAUAUGUUUCUGGUGAAACCAUAGCGGUAUUCUUGUCAUCAAACAGACACCAAACUGGUGAAUGCUAAAUUAUUGCCAUAUUGAAACAACCCUCACAGUAUCUUCUAAUGUUGCAAUGUUAGUAAGCUCCCUUUUUCUCUGAUACAAGGCUAGGAUUUAGCUUUUACUACUAAAAUGGAAGUGCUGAAAUUUUAAAAUAGCUUGUACUGUCAAUUUCAUUUAUUUAAUUAUUAUAAAAAAUGUUUGAUAUGUUGUGUGAUAGAAUUUAAUAAAUUUAAAACCAAAUUUUAUACCAACUAAACCCCCCAUAAAACAGGACAUAACAGGUUAUAAAAUUUCAGCAGUUCUGUUUCUAUAUUAAAGGCUAAUUCCUUUUGCUUGAAUUAGUUAAGGGAGAUAUUUCCCUUAGUUGAGGGAGAAAAUUUGUCCCUUAGUUACCCAACACGCCUCAGUAUGUAGAUAUGUACCAUAAAUUUAGUCUAUGCAUGUGACUCUCAGAGCUGGUGGGGGUCUAAUUAUUUUUGUAAAUAAAUAUUUUUUUUUUCUAAUUACGGAUCACCGUAUUAAUCAAAUUGAGAAACUUGGCCCUAUUUUGAUUAUGGUGGCCAUUGAGAAAGUCACCUGCAUAGCUAGACCAACUCUCAUCUGUGAUAUGAACUGUAUCUUUAGUCCUGUCCUACCCCACUGUAUUCCAGGUGCUUUCAUUCAAACCAGGACUUUUGUUUACUCUUGGCCUUCAUCAUUUGUUGCUUCGUCUUCAGUUUUUCUUCUCUUUGGACUUGAUGCUUCAGGUCUAUAAUAGCUGCAGGUUAAUCUACCACGUUUUAUUGACAAGUUGAAGAAGUUUUAGAGUAAUUAAACCAGUUAGUAGCUGAUUGACAUUUGACUACGUUAUUAACUGUAGUCUUUAAGUUCUCUCAUGCAGAUUUCAG